ACAAUGCACAAACGAAUAUCCACCUAACCAAAACUCCUGCCCGCCAACUUCACGCCAAUUAUCCCGUUUGAGAGCCACACUUGAGAGCCCCGUCCCUAAUUCCGUAGGGCAAGCUCUCGCACUCUUUUUCUCCCCCCGGCAGGUUGCGCAUCUAGACGGCACAGCGCGAAAGGCGCUUCAAACCCAUCAAGAUGUCGCAAAUUGCUUCCAAGAAUAUCUACGAGCUGCUGGGCAAUGAUCCCGAGCUCGACCCCUCCAGGCCAGCUGAUCCCCCAACAAGGGCAAUUGACAAGCCUGUUGCGAGAGUUGGCAAGCGCGAGGGUGGUGAUGCCCCGCGGCCCGCGGCCGACAGGUCGGACAACCAGACCCGCGCCAAACAGACUGGCAGCGGCAACGAGAAUGCUUUCCGGGAUCGCGGCGUAGGAGCUGACAAGAACCGCGGCAGGGGAUCUGGUGAACCUACUGGCACUGGAGCUCGCGGUGGCCAGCGCGGCCGUGGAGGUCGUGGUGGACGCGGAGGAGGCCGUGGUGGUGCUCGCGCCGACGGUGACCGUCACAGCAGGACAGGCAUUGCUGAGCACGAGAAGCAAGCCGCUCACGGAUGGGGUGGAAACGACGGCAACGCCGAGUUGGCCGACGAGCAGGCUGGCGACGAGAUCGCCAAGGCUGAAGAGAAGGUGGCCGUUACCGAUGCUGCCGAGGGCGAGAACCAGCCCGAGCCCGAGCCCGAGGACAAGAGCGUGUCCUACGCCGCCUAUAUUGCUGAGCAGAAGGAGAAGGCUUCUCUCGCUGCCCAGAACGUCCGCAAGGCCAACGAGGGUAGCAGCAAGAAGUUCCCCGAGGGUACCGCCCUGACCCGUGAACAAGAAGAGGAGAACUACUUCGCCGGCUCUGGAGGCAAGGCCAAGCGCGAACGCGCCCGCAAGGAGAAGGUCCACGUCGAGCUUGACGGUGACCGUAUGCUUGCCCCACCUCCCCGUGAGGGUGGUGCCCGAGGAGGACGCGGCGGCCGCGGCCGUGGUGAAUUCCGCGGUGGCGAGGGACGCGGCCGUGGCGAAGGUCGUGAAUCCCGUGGCGGCGAAGGACGCGGUCGCGGCGGCGAAGGUCGUGGCGAGUUCCGCGGUGGACGCGGCCGUGGUGGUGAGGGACGUGGUCGCGGCGAAGGUCGCGGUCGUGGAGGCCGUGGCGGUAACCAGUCCGGCCCCAACAUCACCGACUCCAGUGCUUUCCCCAGCCUGGGCGCAUAGUCUGACUAUACGUCGACUACUUGCACCACUCGAGAAGUGCGUGCCUACAUCCGACAGUCAACUGCGGAUAGUCACGAGCGAAUGAACAACAAGCGAUCUGACGAAUGGACGAACGAACGGAGGAGCUGAGCACGAAAUAUGGAUCUCCAAAAGUAAAGGCGGCGGGCUAAAGUCACUUCCAUCUACCCCG